AGCUCUUUAUCUUAUUUUCUCUAUAACCUAACCAUGGAAACUCAAAACAAGACUUGCAUGGAUCAACAAGAAGGCAAGACAAGAAUCUUAAGAAUGGUCAAGGAUGUAAACAAAGGAAGUCCCCCGAAAGAUCUGGAUGAGUCAAUGAUCAAAUUUAAACAAUGGAGGAAAAUAGCUUUUUUGACCUCUAUAUCCAUUGCAUAGAUCAGUGGUUGAAAUUAUUUUGCUAUACUCCAUUAAAGCACCUCGAGUCUUCUAAAACUGUUAUCUGGUCGGGUUGGGCAAAUUCCUACUAGAGAAGAGCAUAAAGAACAUAUCUGAUCAACCCGACCCAUUAUAACCUCUUUGUUGGCCGCGUAAUGUUCGCACGCGGCCAUCAGACAAAGAACAUACAUAAAAAUUUUACAAGAUUCAAAGCCCUUAGCUUUGAUAAUCUCUUAAAAGAGGUAACAAAACCAGAAAGAAAAACCCUUAAUCUUCAUUUACAAGCCACCUCUUCAUAACACAUUAGCUUCCGGUCAUUCUGCUUUAUAUACACAACAAGUGAAAACCAAAAAAAAAAGAAAUGGUGAGAAGAAGAGAAGGCCUUACAUUGCCAAUCUUAAGAUCAACGUUUCCAGAGGUCAAAACAACAACAACAACACCGGUGGCCUCACAGAAACCAAAACAACGGUUAUCAAAGCAGCUCUCUAUGCGUGAAACACCAAGAGACGUUGCUUGGGAAAGAAGAAGACGUCAGAUGAUAAUGAUUCAAGAAAAGAAGCUGCUUCAUAAAGGCAUUUCAGAUGAUAUUAGUGUACAAAUGAAACUAACGGAUGAGGAUUUGAACGAGCUAAAGGGAUCGAUUGAGCUAGGUUUCGGUUUCAAUGAAGAAGCAGGACAAAAGCUAUGCAAUACAUUACCAGCUCUUGAUCUUUACUUUGCAGUGAAUCGUCAGGUCUCACCUCUCCCUUCACCUAGCAGCAGCCGUAGCAGCAGCGUAUCUGCAUCAACCUUUUCGAACAGUAUACCGUGUAGUCCCAAAAAAACUGAUUCAGAUUCAUUAAAGAUCUUAUGCCCAGGU